AUGGAUGCCCCAAGAUGCGGCUGCUGCGCUCGGCGACGGCUCCUCACUAGCUUUAACACCAGGGCCGCAGCGGCCCGCACACCCGGCUCUGCCCACUCACCCGCUGGCCGCGUGAUCCGCACCACGAAAGCCCUCACUCGCGGCGGGCCACCAGCGCGCCGAAUCCGCACUGUGAUCAAAAACGCGCGCACCAUACUCUCGCUGCCGCCACCUCCGCUGUGCUCCGCGACCGCUGCGCCGCCUUUUGGCAUCAGAGGCGCGCCCCCGCGUUCCCUGCGCGCCCUCGCGCGCCCCCCCGACCUCCCCCGGGCUCAGAACCGUUCAGCGCCCGGCGCGCGCGGGAAAAGCCGGCGGUGGAGCCCGAGGGCUGCGCGCGCGCGGGCCGCAAGCACCCAAGGCUUGCCUCCGCUCCUCCUCCUCUUUCCCGCCCGAUCCGCGCUCUCCCCCACCUUCCCACCCUCCGCGCCGGCGCCCCACGAAGUGACAGCUCAAGGGCCUGUCGCCAGAACGCAUCUCCAGGCCCCCGCCCCCUCGCAACAUUUGUCACCUGACACGGUCGUAAGCAGGAACCACCGCCUUGCGGCGGCUCCCAGUCCUGCUCGCGCCCCGGUUCCCCUACCCGCCUUCUUUCAUCCCUCGCGCCACUGGCUAAGGCUCUUCCAUCUAUCCAAACCGGAUUAUUUAAAAGAGAAAAAGAAAGGAAAAGCAAGGUCAUCUCCGCGCCGCAUCAGCCAUUCAGGACGCUGGAUGUUGGUUUUGAAAGAAAUGGCGCUAAGCUCCACUUCUACAUUUGGGAAACGAGCGAAAUUAAAGGAAACCGCUGCCUGCAGCCGAAGCGACAUCUGGACACUGAGUGGCGCUGGCGCCGCGGGAGCAAGCGGGCCGGGCGCCCCACCAGCCACGGUUUCCCGGCCCGCGGCCCUCCUCCUCCUCCGCCAUCCUCCCUGCGCUCGGACUCCGUUCGCUCUCGCCGCCAGACUCCUCAGCGUGGUCGCUCCCCCGCUCCUCCCUUGCUCCGCCGCCGCCUCUCGUCUUCCACGCCACGGAUUAUUUACUGCCCGCCACCGUCCCUCCUCCCCCUUCCCCGCCGUGGUCCACUCGGCACAGGAAAAGCGGGGGAAGGAAAGGAAGCGGCAGCAUAAAGGAGGGGUGAGUCGAGGAGACAGAGGCGGCCUGAGGACGCGGAGCUCAGCUCCCGAGCGCAGUGCGGCAGGUCCCCGGCGGCCGGGCUGGAUGGAGCUCGGACGCGGGCUCGCUGGCUCCUCGAAGGCGGGAGGUCGAGCGCAGGACGCGGCUUUCAGGCGGGCGGCGCUGACCCGGUGCCCCAACCUCCCCGGCCUGCAGUCAGUCGCGAUCGAUCUAGAGCGUCGCUGGCUGCCGGCGCGGCCUGGCCGGCUGGGCGUGUGGCAGAGGAUGUGGGACUAGCUAGGCCCAGCCUUCGCGGAACCUUAACGGUGGCCUGCCGCGCUGCGGCUUCUACUUGUGCCCGGGCCUGGUGGCUGAGUUGCAGACGAGGACCCGCAGCACCAGAGCCGACAGGGCCUUAGGGAUCAGGUGCCAAGCCCCGCGGUACUUGAAGGAAGGGAGGUUUGCUUUGCCCGAGCCGCCGCACACUCCCGAGAGGCCGGGUCUGGCGACAGGCUUCUUCCCCUUCUCCAUCCCUCCCCACAUCGCAGGACUUAGCCGUGGAUCGGGCCGGCUGGUCGAAGUGAGACUUAGGUACAGUUUUAAAUAGCUGUUCCAAAUGUCUAGAUCUUCACAAACGCACCUCUCCGCUCUUCUGUAGGAUUCACUCGGGAUUUCCCGAACACCGUGCUCCUUGCUGGGGCUACUCGGCCCUCCUGGGUCCGGAGUGAAACCCCUCUCGCUCUUCAUAAGGCUAGCUCUUUCUCCUUCAGAUCUCUUCUCAAGUUUCCCUGCUCCGAGACUCUCCCUCUAUCGGGCCCCAUAUUAUCAUCAUGGGUUUUGUUUUUCCUGUAUUUAGCGGACAGAAAUUAUCCUAUGUAAUUGUUUGUUUGUGGUUUUGUCUCCUACAGUAGUCUGUAAACUCCAUGGGAAGCAAAUCCUGCGCUCUUGCGCUACACCGACGACCCUACCCCCCAAAAUACUCUGAAUACCCCCUAAAAUAUACCAAAAAAUAUGCCCCCCAAAAUACUUCAGAGGAGAGAUGAAUUAGUAAAAAUAUACAAUCAUAGUGAGGGGAUUUUAUUUUAUGGCCCAGAGAAGGGGCACUUUAGAGGGUGGGUAGUUCAGAGAAAGCAUCUCAGAGGAAAAAUGCUCCCCUGUUCCAGCCCAGCCCUGUUCCAGUUCCAGGUAGGGAUGGAACAGGGGAGCAUUGGGAAGGAACUCCCAAGGUUGAAGGAACCUUGGAGAAGUGAAAGAAUGAGGGUUUCCAGGCAGGGGAUUAGCUGUGGCAGUAAACCAUGUAAACCAUGGAAGAAGACAUGUGUUGCACAUCUCUUGAAACUAUUAGUGUUCUCCAGAGAAACAUAACCAACAGGAUGGGUGUGCAUGUGCCUGUGUGUAUUAUUUAUUCUAAGGAACUAGCGAACCUGAUUAUAGGGGCUGGCAAGUCUGAAAUCUGCAGGACAGGCUGGUGAGGCUGGAGACCCAGGGAGGAGCUGAGGCUACAGUUUUGAGUCAAGCCGCCUGGAGAAAGAAUUGUUUCUUCUUUGAAAAGCCUGUCUUUUCACUUAAGGCCUUGGUCAGUUCUGCACACAUUAAGGAGGGUAAUCUGCCUUCUUCAAAGUCUAUGUAUUUAAAUGUCAAUUGUACCUAAAAAGUACCUUCCCAGCAACAUCUUGACUGGUGUUUGACAAAACAGCUGGUACUGUAACCUAGCCCAGGUGACACCUGAAUAUUAAAUAUCAUAUAAUCCCAUUAUGUCUGUGGGGGCUGCUGACAAAUUUAAAUUCAGGAAUCUGUCUGUAUUGAUUGGGCCUGUAUAACUUUGAAAAGAAAUUAUGUUAUGUUAGUCCCCAUACAGUAGUACAUCGUUAGUUUUUGAUGUAGUGUUCCAUGAUUCAUUGUUUGCUAUAAGGCUCAGUGCUCCAUGCGAUCCGUGCCUUCCUUAAUACCCAUCAUCAGGCUCACUCACCCCCCCACCCCCUCCCUUCUAAAACCCUCAUUUUGUCUCCCAGAGACCAUAGUAUCUUAUGGUUCCUCUCCCACUCCGAUUUCUCCUCCUUCAUUUUCCCCUUCCUUCUAAUGUCCUCCGUGUUAUUCCUUAUGCUCCACAAAUAAGUGAAAUCAUAUAAUUGACUUUGUCUGUUUGACUUAUUUCUCUUAGCAUAAUCUCCUCCAGUCCCAUGUUGAUGCAAAACCUGUAGCCCUAUCAUCUCCACCCAGACUUGUUCUGGGCAUAGGGAAGUUGCCCACUUCAGAGAAAUGCCGUUUGAGUAAGAGCAUUAAGUAAGGUCAUUAUAAUAAGCUCCACGUUCAAUGAAUAUAAGUUUUAAAAUUUAAACUUACAUUCCAUCUUGAUUUUCCCCUGCUGCCCAACACCUGUGUUUUGUAAGUUGUGGCAUGCAGGGGCAAUUCUAUGCAGUUUUAAUAGUAGACUAAGGAGAAUACAAUUAUGAAGAUGAAUCUUUAGCAAAACAACCAAUUUGUGGCAUUACAAAGACUUUUGGAAUUCCAAAUGACUUUUGGCUGUGUGCUCUUCAAAAAAAUGUAUGUUCAAGGACCGAGCAUUAGUAUGUGCACACACUUUUACCUGUAUUACUUAUUGUAUCCUCACAGUGGCCCUUUGAAUUUGGGAUUACUACUUCCAUUUUACAGGUGAGAAAACUGAGGCCCAGAGGGGCUCAAAUCUUGGACAGUCUAUGGCCAGCAAAUGCUAGGGCUGGAAUCAUCAAGAAGGUUUUUGCCCUACAAGCCUUGUGUUCCUUCUGUUGUACUAAAGGCUGGAGUCAAUAGGGACUGAGUUAUCAGUGGGUCAUUUGUGCAAAUAGAGAAUCACCGAAUGUGAUUUAUUUUCUUUGCUCUUUUCCUUGGGCCUAAAAAAUGGAUCUCUCUCAGUGUUUUUCUUAUUCAUAAGUUUAGGGCAUAGAUCUUAGAUUUUUUUAAUGGAGGAAAAUUAUUUUCUAUUUUGGAUCAGCACAGGCAGAGAUAGAAGAGGAUAUUUUACUUAAUAUGACUUGUUUUGUACCACUUACCUCCCCUUCGCAUCGUGUACAGUAUAUUAAUUUCUUCUCUCAGGUAACUCCUGAUGAUCAGAUUCAUGAGAAACUUUCAUAAUAUUGCACAUGUUCAAACUGAACACCCCAAAGAUAAAAGACAAAAGUCACCAUAAGCAAGAUUUCAAAACUAUCAUUGAACGUAUGACAAAAGAUUAAGUUUUAGAAUAUAUAAAUAAAUACAUAUAGGAACAAAAAGGUAAACCAGUAGAAAAAUGAGCAAAGAAUACAAUGGGUAGCUUAUAGUGGAGCAUAUACGAAUGGUUAGAAAAAUAUAUGAAAAGAUACUCAGUUUUACUCAUUUGUAAAGAAAGGUAACAGAAACGGUGACUAUCUAUGGGUGUGGCAAAAAUUUACAAAGGAGUGUUAAUGUUGGUAAAGUCAUUAGGAAACAAUCACACACACUAUUGUAACUUGGUGUGAUUGUUUUGGAGGGCAACUUCAGAGUAUUUAUAAAAAUUGAACAUGCAUAUAUGUCCCUUUGACUUAGCAAUUCCUCUCCUAUAACUCAUGUAAGUAUGCAAAGAUACACAUACAUAAACAUGUUAGAAAUAGAUAUACCAUAUAUGUACAGUGAUAUAUAUGUAUGGAAAGGGAUAUGCAUGCAUGCAUGUAUUUGUAUUUAUAUUUGUAUUUUUAUAUAUAUGGAUAAAUGUUUAUACACACAUAUAAAGAUAUAUGUCCCUUUAACUCAGCACUUCAACUCAAUAACUCAUACCAGCAUGUAUGUAUACAUAUAUAUGUAUAUAUAUAGACACACACUCAUAUGUAAUAUUGAAGAUAUACAGACAUACACAUAUACACAUGCACAUAGAAGUUUGGAAAGAUUUGACACAAAGACACACAUAUGCACACACUUUGUGUGCAUGGGUGUGUGAGAGAGAGAUGUAUUCCUUUUUUUGGAGAGAGAUGUAUUAUUAACCCUUGAAGUUUGUCUCCUAUAAAUUUCUGUAGAUUGUUCAUGUAAGGAUGCCAAAAAUAUUCCUUAUAGCGCCAUAUAUAGUAGCAAAAAAAAAAAAGCAAGAAAGGAAAAAGGAGAUAAAUUAUGUGUUUGUCAAUAAAUUUCUUUUUUAAACUGGGUUUCAUCCAUAAAAUAUAAAAUUAUACAGCCAUAAAAAAAUGAACUGCAUCUAUCUGUACUGAUAAUGGAAGUUGUCAAAGAUCUAUUACUAAUAAAAAAAAAAACACA